GACUGCCGUUAAACAAAAAGAAGAAGAAAGAAGCCCCACAUGGAUGUUGUAAACAUCAGCUCAUGCUGUAUUUCUGCCGCUGUGUGCAGCUGACGGUCGGGGAUGUCUCUGCGGCUGCUGUCGGUGGAUGCAUGUGACCGGGGCUCUCAGAGAUGCAGGCUGGGUCCUGGGUUGAUGUCAGCGCUGGGUCUGAGUCUGGGCUCCCCCGUGCUGGUGUCUCUUCCAGGGGGAAGAAGCUGCCUGUGCACCGCCUGGCCUCGGUCUGACCUGGCGGAGGGCUUCCUACAGGUGGACCUGAAAUGUUCCUCUGCAAAUCUGAUCUCUCACCCGCCCACACAUCUCAACCUGGACCCUGCUCAGCUCACACCGACACCUUGCCCCAAGCUGAAAGGUGUGAAGAUAAGUGUGGUGGUGCAGAGUGUUGAUUUCAAGAAGCACACACCUCCACGCCUUAUUCAUGAGCUGGUGAAAGACAUGCUGAAAGGUGUGUAUGUGCACAGGAAGCAUGUGAUAAACCUGGAGGAUUUUGAUACAGAGAUUAGAUAUGUUGUUAUCGAAGACAUUAAUCUGGAGUCUGGCCAUGCUGGAUUCAUCACCUCUAAAACCGGUGUGGAGAUCACUGGCAUCCAGACAGUCCGGCAUCACAGGAGUCAGCUGCAGGACCAGGACACAAUCCCACUGGGGGGUCUGGAGGAGGUGGCUGCCUCCCUGAAAGAGAUGCUGCAGCUGCCCCUGCUCUAUCCGGACACCCUAAGCUCUCUCGGUGUGUCGUGUCCCAGAGGUGUGCUCCUGGUUGGGCCUCCCGGUGUGGGCAAGACCCUGCUGGUCCGGAAAGUGGUGGGAGAGGUUGGAGCCAGUCUGGUGGUUGUCAGAGGGCCGGAGGUGGUGGGAUCAAGGCCGGGUGAGAGUGAGGAGAAGUUGCGCGCCGUGUUUGAGCAGGCUCGAUCUGCAGCCGAAGAGGGUCCGUGUGUGCUGUUCUUAGACGAGCUGGACUCUCUGUGUCCGAGGAGAAGCGGCUCAUCGGCACCAGAGAACCGCCUGGUGGCUCAGCUCCUCACGCUGAUGGACGGGAUGAAUCAGUCCGAUCGCUUCCUCAUUGUGGGAGCCACCAACCGGCCGGACAGCUUAGACCCGGCUCUGCGCAGGCCUGGAAGAUUUGACAGAGAGGUCAUCAUUGGAGCUCCCACGUCGCAGCAGAGAAAGGACAUCUUGUCUGUUCUGUGUGCGAGCAUGCCCGUUUGUCCCAGUGUGGACUUGACGGAGCUUGCACAGAGAACUACAGGCUAUGUAGGAGCAGACCUCAGCGCCCUUUGCAGAGAGGCCGCCAUGCACGCUAUACGGGAAAACUCAAAGGGUGCAGAAGAGCAGGCAGUGGUUAUGAAGCACUUCCAGGAGGCCCUGAAGCUGGUGCGUCCCUCCUGCCUGCGGAGCAGCCUGGGCAGGACGGAGCUCUCUCCGGUGUCCUGGGAGCAGAUAGGAGGCCUGGAUGAGGUCAAGCUCAAAAUUCAACAGAGUGUCGAAUGGCCGAUGAAACACCCCGAGGCGUUUGUUCGUCUCGGCCUGUGUCGGCCUCGUGGUGUGCUGCUCUACGGACCUCCAGGCUGUGCAAAGACGACGCUCGUCAGGGCUGCAGCCACCUCAUCUCACUGUGCCUUCCUGUCUGUCAGCGGUGCUGACCUCUAUUCUCCUUAUGUCGGAGACUCUGAGAAGGCUUUAGCGCAGCUGUUUCACCAAGCCCGGGCCUGUGCUCCAUGUAUCCUCUUCCUCGAUGAGAUUGACACGCUGAUUGGCUCGCGGUCAAGCGGUCAGUCGGCUAACAGCGUGCAGACACGCCUCCUGUCUGUGCUCCUGAAUGAGAUGGACGGGGUCGGUCUGAAGACGCUGGAGAGGAGAGGGACGGAGAAGAUCCUCCAGGCAGAGGGAGCGGAGGAGAAUCACACACAGGAACAGUCGGACUGCCAGGAAGUCUGCAACAAAGAUGUGAUGGUUAUAGCCGCCACAAACAGACCUGACUGCUUAGACAGUGCCCUCCUCAGACCCGGCAGGCUUGACCACAUCAUCUAUGUCCCACCACCUGACCAGCAGGCCCGUCUUUGCAUCCUGAAGUUGUGUACAGAGUCGAUGCCCGUGGAUGCUGAUGUCUGUCUGGAGGAGCUGGCCACAAAGACCGAGCUCUACUCUGGAGCUGACCUGGAAAAUCUGUGUAAAGAGGCUGCUCUGUUGGCACUACAAGAAGAGAACAUGAAGGCUUCUACCAUUAAACACACAUAUUUCCUCCGGUCCCUCAGCAAAAUGAGUCCCUCCCUCACUGCUAAGCAGAUCCAGACAUACCAAAAACGUCCCAGAUGACAAACCACAGCACUCCGUGUCCUGUACAUUAAUAAAUUAUUGUACACAAAAUUGGUUUUAAAUAAAAUUAAUACAACUUUA